AUGUUGUAGGAGUUUUAGAUAAUGAUAUCAUUCUUAAUGAUAGAUCAAUAUAAGAUUAUUAAUUUAAUUCUUAAAUGUUUAAACCCUUAAGUUCAUAUUGAAUAAUUUAGAGGGGAACAAGGCACUUAUGAAUAAAUGAAUAGAGACACUGCUUUUAAUGAUGUGAAAGAAUUGAUCAAUGCAAAUUGGUUCUGCUCAUCCACCCUUUUUAAAAGAUAAUUAACUACUAAACAAGAAGUAGAAUAACAUAUUUUGAAUCUCUACCAAGUAUUCUUCAGAAUUAACAUUUUUAGCAAUAAUAGCUUAAUCAUAGUAAGACCAAGAUUCAUUUAUAGAUUAAAUCAACGAUGGUGGAGUGUUCCUUUGAAAAUGAUUUGGCAAUAUGGAAAUGUGUAUAAUUUGAAUGAUACUCUCUUUUUAUAAAUGAUAACGCAUCUAGAUUUAUUCCUUAAAAAUCAUCUAUUGGAAGAAUCUUCAAUAAAUUCAAAGUCGACACUUCAAUAGAUUUAUAAGAUGUUAUUGAUGCAUGUUUGGCUCCUUUAAAAAUAGAUUUUUUGGAAAUCACUAAAUAAUUCAGAAAUGGAAAAAGUAGCAUAAGAAUUUAGGAGCUUAAAAUGA